GCGGCCUCGGCCUAUGUGACUGGGCGGCGCCGGCUAGGCCUCCGUCUGGAGAGGAUUCAAGAUGACCAACGAAGAACCUCUUCCCAAAAAGGUUCGACUGAGUGAAACAGACUUCAAAGUUAUGGCACGAGAUGAGUUAAUUCUAAGAUGGAAACAAUAUGAAGCAUAUGUCCAAGCUUUGGAGGGCAAAUACACUGAUCUUAAUUCUAAUGAUGUAACUGGGUUAAGAGAGUCUGAAGAAAAACUAAAGCAGCAACAACAAGAGUCUGCCCGCAGGGAAAACAUCCUUGUAAUGCGACUAGCUACCAAGGAACAAGAGAUGCAAGAGUGUACUGUAAGUAUUUCAAGUGUUUUAAGUCUUUUUGAGAAAUUGGCUUUUAAUGAACCUUGUGUUUCAGCUUUUUCCUCCCCCUCCCCUUGCUUCAGAGGCCUGAUGGCGUCGGACUAUUCCGAAGAAGUGGCCACCUCCGAAAAAUUCCCCUUCUAGAACAUGUAGACACUUGAGAAAUGUUUCUGUUUGAAGAAAAUAGAGGGAGAAACAGAAGUCUUAAGUCUGUGGCACACUGUGUCUUCAGACAGUUUGGAGGAAUGAAAACCUAGAGAUUUAAAAUCAUGAAUUGAACAUGUAAAAUUCCAGUAAAAUGUAAAAAUGGAAUAUGCAUCGCUCUUAACCUUGAGCAUAGUGACUUAGAGACACUGUAUAUCAGUUUUGCCAAUAAGACUGUGGACUUCGUGAUUGUUGUUGAACUUCUGGGUCAAAACUCAACUGAGGUGAAUUUUGCCUUUAAAGAGCUUUAUUUGCUAAGAACCAACUUAAUAGUUGUGAGAGAAUCAAAUAGAUGUCAGUACAAGUAGUUCAUAUAUUUAACCAUUUAGUUUGGGGCUCUGUAUUACUUGAUUGAGCCUUAAAUCAAUGUGGUUUUAAUCAAUGGUUUGUUCUUUGAAUGGUUGCUAAUGCUGUAGAUAAUCUUACUGAGGACUGUACAAACAUAAAGGUGUGGUAUCAAACCUCAGGUUGAAACUGUUUGAAGCAUUAUGAACAUUCAUUUCACUACUAGAUUGUAUAAGGAUAUUGGCUGUGAUGAGAGACUCACUGCAUUAUUUUUUUCAGUAGUGAAAUUAAAUCCCCAUUCCAUUCAACAGGCACAUGUUGAAAGAGCAUUGUCGUUGGUGUUAAUGGGGGAAUGUGUUUCCUUCAUUGUAUUUGGGCUUUUUGUAUUGCACUCUUGAUAUUAAAUUAAAUGUGCCUUGAAGUA